GUCGCCCAGGUUGUGUCGAAAGCAUCCUGGUGUUAGCACUUUGCAGGCUGUAGGCAAAUUUUCUUGACGUGAGAUGUAAAUAUAAUCAUGGACGAGUCAUUUAUUCUUUUCUAGUGGAGACGAAGAAGGCAGGACAUUUUUAAACUGUGUUUUACCAACAUGGUCUGGCUACUCGUAUCUGAAAAGGCCAGUUAACAUGGCUAACAAACCAUUAGCGGUUAGCUAAUCGUUCAAACUUUGACGGGCAACUGCAGCGAUUCGCUAGCUAGCUGCUAAUACUUAUUUUCCAAUUUACUUCUACUCUACCAUCUGACUAGUUAGCAGUUUUUGUUGUGGAAACUGUUGUGUUAAUGCAAUAAGGUGGUAGUUGUUAUCACACAGAUCGUUUACGCGUUGUUUUGGUCAACCGUUUCUGUGAAAGUAGGGUUAACGUUAUUAAGUAACAGCAGCUAUUUUUAUGAAUUAUUACUACUGUUUUAUAGCUCAUGCUAAUGACGGUCACUUUGCUGAUGAUUCAACUUAUUUAUUGAGAAAUAUGCAAAGCAGUGUUCCCAGGUCAUGAAAAGACUGCAUUUUUAACUAGCACGUCCGUUUUCAGAUUUAUUUCGACCAAUUACACGAGAAAAAUAAUGCCAAGCACCAGGAUGUCAACCGAAUGGGGAUUAACGUUAUUGCAGCUGCAUUGUCUCCAGUCUUUUAAAUAAUCCGUGUACUAUUAGAUAUGCAGCUACAAUAGACUUUUUAUUUGUUUAUUUAUUUUUCCCAUUCCUAAGCCUGUAACCCAGUAUACUAUAACUACAAAGACUGCAUUCAAGUACAUCAAAAUACGUCUGUAGACAGUUUGAUAUUGCCCUUGAGAGUAUGUCUGGGGACGCAUCUGAUAGUAGUGAUGACUCCGAUGGACAAACCAACGAGAAGGCUUGCACUGUCAAGCACCAAAUCACUAAUGCUAACCUCACAGGUCACACUGAAAGGGUCGGCAUGGAGAACUUUGAGUUGCUCAAGGUUUUGGGCACCGGAGCUUACGGAAAAGUGUUCUUGGUCAGGAAGAACAGUGGUCAUGAUGUGGGCCAGCUUUAUGCUAUGAAGGUCUUAAAAAAAGCAGCAAUCGUUCAGAAAGCGAAGACAACAGAGCACACUCGCACUGAGAGGCAGGUGCUGGAGCACAUCCGCCAGUCUCCCUUCCUGGUCACACUGCAUUAUGCUUUUCAGACUCAGAGCAAGCUGCAUCUCAUCCUGGACUACGUCAGUGGUGGGGAGAUGUUCACCCAUUUGUACCAGAGGGAUCACUUUUCCGAGGAGGCCGUGAGGAUUUACAUUGGGGAGAUAAUCCUUGCUCUGGAGCAUCUGCACAAGCUUGGGAUUGUUUACCGAGACAUCAAAUUGGAAAACAUUCUCCUAGACAGUGAAGGCCAUGUGGUAUUGACAGAUUUUGGCCUGAGCAAAGAGUUUCUGGAAAAAGAGAAAGAAAGAACCUACUCUUUCUGUGGCACUAUUGAAUACAUGGCUCCUGAAAUCAUCAGGGGCAAGACUGGACAUGGCAAGUCAGUAGAUUGGUGGAGCCUCGGGAUCCUGAUGUUUGAGCUGCUGACAGGAGCGUCUCCUUUUACCUUGGAGGGAGAGAGGAACUCCCAGAGCGAGGUGUCAAAGCGUAUUCUGCGCUGUGACCCGCCUUUCCCCUCUAUGAUUGGACCCAUUGCUCAGGAUCUGCUGAAGAAGCUGUUGGUAAAAGAUCCCCACAAGAGGUUGGGCUCAGGGCCACGAGGAGCUGAGGACAUCAAAGCUCAUCCUUUUUUCAAGGGACUGAACUGGGCUGACCUCGCACAGAAGAAGGUGGCAAGCCCAUUUAAGCCGGAGCUGAAGAGCGAACUUGAUGUAGGCAACUUUGCUGAGGAGUUUACUGGGAUGGAUCCCGUCUACUCUCCUGCGAGCACACCUCCUAGCACAGACCGCCUUUUCCAGGGCUACUCCUUUAUCGCUCCUUCCAUCUUGUUCAAUAAGAACGCCGUCAUGGGAGACUUUGUAGAAUCACAAAUUGGAGCAGACCGACCAGCUUCCGCUUCUGUUCAGCGCAGUGCAAUGUUAGAGGAAAGCCAGUUUUUCCAUCACUAUGAGCUUUAUGUUCAUGGGCCACCGCUAGGCGAAGGUAGUUUUUCGGUAUGCAGGAAAUGCAAACAUAAGCAAAGUGGCCACGAGUAUGCUGUGAAGAUUGUCAGCCGUAGGAUGGAAGCGAACACUCAGAGGGAGAUUGCUGCCUUGAGGCAAUGUGAGACUCACCCCAACAUCGUCAAGCUGUAUGAUGUCUACACUGAUCAGUAUCACACAUAUCUAGUUAUGGAGCUUCUACGGGGCGGGGAGUUGCUUGAAAGGAUUAAGAAGAAGAAACUCUUUGGUGAGGCAGAGGCAAGUCAGCUGUUACAGAGUCUGGUCUCAGCUGUCAGCUUCAUGCACGAGGCGGGAGUCGUGCACAGAGAUCUCAAACCUGAGAAUGUACUGUUUACAGAUGAGGGAGAGGACUCUACGCUGAAAGUAAUAGAUUUCGGAUUUGCCCGCCUGUGCCCUGCAGGCAGCGCCCCCCUGCAGACUCCCUGCUUCACACUGCAGUACGCUGCACCGGAGCUUUUUGAUAGUGCAGGAUAUGACAAAUCCUGUGACCUCUGGAGUCUUGGGGUCAUCUUGUACACCAUGCUGUCAGGCCAGGUGCCGUUUCAGAGUGAGCAGCGUGGGAUGACCUCAUCAUUUGCUGCAGACAUUAUGCAGAAGAUAAAAGAGGGCGAUUUCUCGUUGGAUGGGGAGGCCUGGAAGGGUGUCUCUGAGGACGCCAAAGAGCUUGUUAAAGGUUUACUAACUGUGGAUCCAGAGAGGCGUCUCAAACUCUCGGAUCUGAAGGAGAACAGCUGGCUGCAGGGUGGUGCAUCCAUGUCCACCACUCCUUUGUGCACUCCAGAUGUGUUAGAGUCCAGUGGGCCCACAGUCCGCACCUAUGUCAAUGCAACAUACAAGGCUUUUAAUCGAGGCAAGCGAGAGGGCUUUUUCCUGAAAAGUGUGGACAACGCUCCCCUUGCAAAACGACGAAAGCUUAAGAUGACAAGCACAGGUGUAGAGACCCGAUGGAGCUCGUCCUCUUCCUCCUCCUCUUCUUCCACGUCCUCCUCAGCAUCUGCAAAAGCAUCCAAAGAGCAGCCAAAGCUAACUGUGACCCCAAAGCAUAGCAAGCCGAAAUGACCUGCAGAGCAGCACAGAAAUGAAGUGGUAUGUGCUAAUACUGGCAACGUGAUGUUGUUCAGUGGUCAGUUCAAAGAAAAAUGCUGACUCACAACACUGAUUUAGAUUAAUGUUUUCAAUGCAAAACUAAUUUCCUUUGGUUUAGCAGUGAAAUGCUUCAUUCCUUCUGCCAUAUUCUCCCUAAACCAAACAUGCAUUUCCAUUGAGUGGAGAAGAUGCAGCCUUUAGAGGAUUUGAAUCCUUAUUCAGUGUUUGCUCAGCACCAUUUGUUUUUCUCACUGUGGCUACAAAACAGUGCCCGACUUUAUAGGGUAAAAAGGGAAAAAAAGCCAUUGAUGAGCAGAAGCCAUAGAUACAGCAGAAUCAGUGGAUCUAUGAAUUAAUUUGUUAUGAAGGCACACUUGCACGUAGCAAAUGAACUGUCCUUCGUUUAAUUUGUGGGCUUAUUGCUUUGAUUGUAUUAAAUGAUCAUUUUGUAAGUUUUGUCACAGAUGCUGAAAAUGAGGAUAAAGAUAACAAACGUGCAACAUAUCAUCACUCUGGUCAGCAUAGAAAAGGUUUUUGCGGGAACUUGGAUUUUUUUCAGUUUGGUUUGAGUACAAAUCUAGCUGUUUGCACUAUUAUUAGAGAAUGUAUUUGAUCAAUUGUCAUAGAAACAACAAGAAAUUGCUGCUAGGACUGAACACACAGGGAAAUGAUGUGACGUUGCAUAGGAUGAAAAUGCUGUAUUGGAGUUUCUCUGUUAGAUGGUGUUUUUGCAGUUCUAACAGUUUCCAGCAGUAACAACUGUGUGAAGACAUGAAGACAAACAGUAAACAUAUUUUUGUCAUACUUUCUGUACAUAGCUGCUCAUCAUUGUGCCGCUCUGAAAAUUUCUAGCAUGCAAGUCUCUUGUAAAAAGAUUUUCUAUAUUUUGAUAUCUGAAUGGUCUUUCUUUCUUUUUCUUUUUUGAUUUUAAUGCUAGAACUUGCAGCUUGAGUAACUGCAUGUAGAGGGGAGCAAAAUGGUUUUUGUGAUUUGGAGCACACUAUGCCUUCGGGUCGUACAUCUUUGAAUGGAUUGCGGUUUUCUGUUGGUUUCAGAACAAUGCAUUAUGGGGCUGAUUUACAUGAACACUCAUUUGAUACAGUGAAAUGUUGUUUCCGAACUAAUGAGAUCAGCUUGUUUUCACCAGCGCCAGCUUCUGUCUUUUCCCCGAGGUGAUUUUAAAGCUUUCUCUGGCUUUAAACGUCAGAUUAUGUUACACAAUGAGACACUUAAUUGUGACUUUUUGGGAGACUAUCCUGUAAAAAUAAUGUACAUAAAUAACACGAUUCAAGCAAAAAAUAAUGUAUGUGAUGAUUUAAGAUUUGACAGCUGUUUAAUGGUAUUUUGGUCUCAAUGUAAAACUGUUUUUAUUUGUCAUGUUGAACAGUUAUUCGAUCAGUUAACGCAUUUCAGCUUUAAAGGUGCUGAUAUUUAUUAUUGAUUUUAAUGCUGUGGUUUUGGGAUUCGCAUCAUUUGGCUCUUACUGUUUACCAGCCCAGUGCGUGUGCAUGUGUGUGUGAUUGUGUGUGUGUGUGAGAUCUUGAGUGAUGCUUAAAGAUCAGCUGUAUUGAUAUUUCUGUACCAGAUGAAGCGUUAUUGCGAGUUACUGUAUUAUUUUCUGAUGUGCCACCUAUGUCUUUUUAAAAGUAACUGGUUGUUUCUGUUAUUGUUUGUGUUUGAACUUUGAAAUUUUUACUUUUAAAACAAAUAUCUGCUUUUAUUGUUAUUUUUGUUAUCGUAGGUGAUAUUUUUCUUUCCUCUUUUUCCUUUUUUUUCCAGCAUUACUAUUUUACUGAGAUGCACUGUCACUGAUGUUGUAACUGGGGAUUUAUCUUUUGCACCAAGAUUUUUUGAUGUUGGUGCAAAAUAAACAUUACCUUUAAAUAGA